UCCAAAACCAGCCCGCAACUUCAGUUAAGGUUUCCUUCGCAGUUUUUUUCUCCAGUUCAACUUUCAAGAAGGUGCUGGUAAUCCUUCGCUUCAGUUUCUUGUAGUCAACUUUUGGCCAUCUUUUUCCAAUUUGCCUGUGUUUUUUGGUCUUCACAAUGAAUCCACAAACAUCGAGCACACAGUCAGUGCCACCCUUGGUUCCUAUCACAUCAGGUUCAGUGGUUCUAGGAGGAGGAGGAGCUCCUAAACCAGCCGUACCAUGCAAGACUCUCCAAGAAACUAUCAAGGCCAUUGAAACUCAGAUCAAUAUAAUGGAGAAGCUGGGUCAGCUGUCAUCAAAGCAAGAGGGUGAUCUGACAAAACUUAGAGAACUUCAUCAGAAGGCUUUGCAGGAACAAGAGAGGCUGCGAGUUGAGAAGAUGCAUGUGACUGUGACUCCCGUUCACCAGCAACCCAAUUCAGCUACACAAGCUAUCAAGUCUAUGGCUUCUAGCAGUAACAACAAUAGCAAUGUUCAGCUUGGAGCGAGUGGUAGCAGUAGUACGGGCUCCCAUUCACUGCAGCAUUCCUCGUCUAGCAUACGUGAUACACCAAGGGAAUCUCCAAUCUCAAUGUCUGUAGGAGCUGGUGGGGAUACAGGAGGAGAUGCAUCUAAGAUCCUAAACAAGAAGAAGAUUCAAGAUCUUGUUCGGGAGGUGGAUCCAAACACACAACUUGAUGAAGACGUUGAAGAGAUGCUACUUCAAAUAGCUGAUGACUUCAUAGAGAACAUAGUAACGGCAGGCUGUCAGCUCGCCAAGCAUAGAAAGUCUUCAACUCUUGAAGUCAAAGACAUCCUUAUGCAUCUAGAGAGGAAUUGGAACAUGUGGGUACCAGGUUAUAACCCUGAUGAAGCACCUAAAGCUCACAAGAGACCAGCAUCAACAGAAGCACAUAAACAAAGGAUGGCUCUCAUACGAAAAACACUCAAGAAAUAAACAUUACUGGACUACAUUACUGUCUAAAUAUGAACUAUGGUGAAGGACAAAGCCUUCCUGCAAUUAUGUUUGUAAUUGUCAGAGACCAGGCCUUCUUGUAUUGCAUGUGCACAUCUUUUGUUAAAGCUCAUCUGUACUAGUGAACAGGAGGGAUUAGAACACACUGCAAGGUCACUGGACAGGUGGUUAUCUCAUCAAAUCAGCUCUCAAUCAACAUAAGAAAAAGAGGAUCAUGGGGGACCAAUGGUCACCAAUUAUGCAUUGUUUGUUGUAUAGAGGGUGCAAGUACCUAUUAGUAGUGCAGCAGGCCUUUAAGGGAUUGACUGCUGCAAUGCUGACACCCUCUCUACUGAAAGUCAGAGAGGAAGAAGUACGAAGAGAAUAGAGUCUGAUGGUUGGUGGAUCAACUGUGAUGAUGAUGUUAGAAAUCUAUAAAGAAUCUACUCCCUUAUUUGUCCUUGUACAUUUGACAUGGAUGGCAGAGGGAUAGACUGUAACUCCAUGAUUUUACCAUCAUUAUUUCAGAAUGCAUUAAACCUGAUAGUUUAAUUUCUUUUGCUGGCCAUAUAUAGUUGAAACUAAACAUUGCCCAUCAUCUGUUGAGUGCAAGAAGGAUGUUAACCCCUUACAGGGUAUCUCUGUGUUGAAUGAUGCCAGUUAAUGUCCUUCUAGUUGUCAGCAGACAAUAUGUGUCUAUUUUAUAAAUGGGCAGCAGGGGCUCUUCCAUAUAUCAAAUGACGUUGUCCAAUAAGUCAUUGGGAAUCAAGACUGAUCAUUCAUUCGAUCAAUCAAAUAAUGCUCCAUGAAUUGCAACAUUGUUUUUAAGAUUAUGAUAACCAAGAUGUCUUGUUGAAUGUUUGUUUAUUCAGAUUUUGUGAUAUUUGUUUUGUAAAUAAAUUAUGUAUAAACGCCAAA